GCUUCUUUGGAAUAACAGGCUUCUUCGUAACGCCAAUAAUACACUCCCUCACCCUUACCCUUUUGCCUACAUAAACAGAACAAUUCUUUGUGUACGGUUCCCUCAGCCACUGCACCCAACGGCAUCAUGGAAGACAGUUUCAGAGUGCGAGCAGAGAGAGCAUUUGGUUCUCUUCCAAUCCCCGCUUCUUCUUCCCUCAACUCACUCUGGUCUCUCACCGAAGACGAAAUCCAAAACACCCCUUCCAAUCGCACCCCCAAACCCAAACCCAAGCCCAAAACUAAACCCCAAUCCCAAUCCUAUUCAUUUUCCAGUUCCCGGGUUCAGCUCGAGAAGGACCUCAAUGAUUUCGACGACGACGAAGAAGAAGAGCCACGUGGACCCUCUAAACCCCCUGAUUACGAUGAUGAACAGUGGCAGAUUAAGGCUGGUAUUGGCCGAGAUUGCACCCUCGAUUACGAGGAAGAGGAGGAUCAAUAUGACAAGCAGGCUAUAGGCAAAGAGAACUUGGGUGAUCGCUUGUAUAUGAAGGAUAUAAAUGACGAUGGAGUUGAGAUUAGUUCUUGCAAUGUUUUCCCCACUUCGUUCAGAGAUUUAGUGAGAGACCCGCGUGCAAAUCAUUUGGCUGCGAGGAUUAGGCUGAAGCAGGAUGAUGAAGCAGCAGCUAAAAAAAUUGAUGCUCUGCAUGUCUCUGAGAAAUCUGCGCCAGACAUUGGUAGUGGUGGUGAUGCUGUUAACCCAAAGUCAAUCUUGAGAAGUAAGGAUAACCCUUCGGAGCCCAGGCCGCAGAAACGUGUUCGGUUUGAUUCUGAAUGUGACGAUAGAGGUAAUGAUGAUGUUGAUGGGCAUGAAGGAACCAGGGAUGUUCGCAUGAAGACCUCUUCAAUGGAAGAGGAUACAGCUUCGGAUCAGUUGUCAAAGUCGCAAGAAUUUGAUUCAGCAGUUCCAGAUUACAUUCGUAAUCCUUCAAGAUACACGCGUUACACUUUUGAUGAUUCUCCAAGUGACAUGGAUGACAAAUCAAAUAAGGAAGCAUGCAUGAGCUUCCUUUCGCAGUUGAAGGGGUCAAAUGCUGCCAAGGGAACUGGAUCUCAAGCAGAUGAAGCUUUGGAAGAUCUUCCAUCGGUAACCUUUAUAUCAAAGAAGAAAUCUGGAGAUGCCAAUAUGUGCGACAGUGAGACGGUGCCAAAGCCAAAGCUUGAUGCUGGCAUGGAGGCCAUGAAUAGAAGAGCCUUCCCUGUUGGCAUAGCUGCUGGUGAUUCUGAGAACAGUGAUGCUUGUGCAAUGGAAGAAGAUGAACCAGAAGUUGAAGUCGUUAAAAAGAGCUUGCAGAAGUUAAACCGCCAGUACAGGAAGAAAGCUCAGGAGGAGCCUGUGUAAUGGCGUAGUUAGUUCCUAGAAUUGCAUAAUUUGACAUUAUCAGACUUGUACCUUUUUCCCCCUUUGUUUCCCUCAGACUAAUGCUCCCUUUCGUAAAUUUGUGGAACGACAUCAUGUGCCAAGAUUUGCCUAUGGCCAAGUUCAUUAGUUUCUAGAAGUAGAACUGCCUUAGGUAUGAGCUUCAACUCAAGCAUAAUGAUCAGAGCUAAGAUAAGAUGUGUUAAAAAUGUAUUUUUCAAUAGUGAACAGUUAGCCAGUUGCCCAUAAUAGCAGUUUUCACCUGGUUUAUAUUUCAAAA